GCCCUCAGAGCGAGGCAUUAUUUUCUCUCUCUUGUCAGAUACCGACGCCCACGCAGGAAAAAGGAAGCACCUUUUGUCAGAUGCUGCGGCCACUUCCUCUUCAGAAGUCUCCAGCCAAUCUCGCGCUUUGCAGAAUGAGGGGGCCGAGGCCAGCUGCCGGACUGCGUGCGCGCUGGGCCGCGGGCUCCCCCCUCCUCCCCGGGCUCCUUUCGGCAGGCCUUGGCCUGGGCGCGAGCAGGCAGCUCUCUGGGUCACGGGGGAAUUUUCUCUGAUACAGAUCUGGACCCUUGAGCAGGACCUGGCUGGGGCCCCAGCCGCCUCUCCACCCCCUCGGGGGUUCCUCUCUGCCUCCACCCACGCUCUGCACACUGCUUCAUGUCCCUCAGUCAGUCUGCCUGUCUGCUCCUCUCCAUAGCUCGGUCCAGGAGCGUGAUGACCGGCGAGCAGAUGGCCGCCUUCCACCCGUCGUCCACCCCCAACCCCCUGGAGAGGCCCAUCAAAAUGGGCUGGCUGAAGAAGCAGCGGUCCAUCGUGAAAAACUGGCAGCAGAGGUACUUCGUGCUGAGGGCGCAGCAGCUCUACUACUACAAGGAUGAAGAGGACACGAAGCCACAGGGUUGUAUGUAUCUGCCCGGAAGUACAAUCAAGGAGAUUGCCACAAACCCAGAAGAAGCGGGGAAGUUUGUCUUUGAAGUCAUUCCAGCCUCAUGGGACCAGAGUCGCACGGGACAGGACUCCUAUGUCCUCAUGGCCAGCUCCCAGGCGGAGAUGGAGGAGUGGGUUAAAUUCCUUAAGAGAGUCGCUGGCACACCCUCUGGAGCGGUGUUUGGCCAGCGUUUGGAUGAGACCGUGGCCUACGAGCAGAAAUUUGGCCCCCACCUGGUGCCCAUCCUUGUGGAGAAGUGUGCGGAGUUCAUCCUCGAACAUGGCCUGAAUGAAGAGGGCAUCUUCCGGCUGCCUGGGCAGGACAACCUGGUGAAGCAGCUCAGGGAUGCGUUUGACGCAGGGGAGAGGCCCUCCUUUGACAGAGAUACAGAUGUGCACACGGUGGCCUCCCUAUUAAAGCUCUACCUCCGAGACCUCCCAGAACCUGUGGUUCCCUGGAGCCAGUAUGAGGGAUUCCUGCUCUGUGGGCAACUCAUGAAUGCAGAUGAGGCAAAGGCUCAGCAGGAGUUGAUGAAGCAGCUCUCCACCCUUCCUCGAGACAACUACAGCCUCUUGAGCUACAUCUGCAGGUUCCUACAUGAAAUCCAGCUGAACUGUGCUGUGAACAAGAUGAGCGUGGAUAACCUGGCUACUGUGAUUGGUGUGAAUCUUAUCAGGUCAAAGGUAGAAGACCCUGCUGUGAUUAUGAGGGGGACUCCUCAAAUCCAAAGAGUGAUGACCAUGAUGAUCAGAGACCAUGAAGUCCUCUUCCCCAAGUCCAAGGAUGUACCCCUGUCACCCCCGGCUCCCAAAAAUGACCCCAAGAAACCUCCAGUGGCUCGAAGCUCUGUGGGCUGGGAUGCCUCUGAGGACGUCCCAAUUUCUAGGACAGACAGCUUCAGUAACACGGCCAGCGACUCAGAAGCAACCAGCCCCACUGAACAACAGCCAAGUGACAUGUUUCUAGAACACAGCAGCAAAACUCCCAGGGAAAAGCCAGGAGAUUGGAAGCUGCAAUCACGAAAAAGGACUCAGACCCUGCCUAAUCGGAAAUGUUUCUUAACAGCAGCUUUUCAAGGUGCCAACAGCAGCAAAGUGGAGAUCUUUAAAAAUGAGUUCUGGUCAUCGUCUUCAGAGGCGAAGGCCGGGGAGGGGCAUAGGAGAACACUGUCUCAAGGUGUGCAGAACUUUUCUGAUGCCCAGAGGACUUCCACCUACGAUAACAUCCCUACCCUGCCGGGGUCCCCUGGGAAUGAAGCAGGUGCACUCGCUUCCCAUGCCUGCGACUCCAAGAGAGAUACUCUUUCGAGCCCAAACUCUGAAACCGGGCCUGGGACAAAGAACUGUGGAGAAGAGGGACUGGAGUCUUUGCAAAAGAUGGUCCAGGAGCUGCAAAAGGAAAUAGAAACACAGAAACAAGUCUACGAGGAACAGAUUAAAAGCCUUGAGAAGGAAAAUUAUGACGUCUGGGCUAAGGUGGUGAGGCUCAAUGAAGAACUGGAGAAGGAAAAGAAGAAGUCUGCAGCCUUGGAAAUCAGCCUCCGCAACAUGGAGCGCUCCCGGGAGGAUGUUGAGAGGAGGAACAAAACCUUGGAAGAAGAAGUCAAGGAAUUUGUCAAAUCGAUGAAGGAGCCCAAAGCUGAUGCAUGAGAAUCCCAGGAGUACAGGGGAAGCAGCCCACAGAGGCCCAACACAGCUCCCCUUUUCCUUGCUAUGUGACAGCUGGGAAGCAAAAUUACUCCCUAAGAAGAGAGGACAUUUGGGAGGAAAACAUCACAUCUCCCAGUAAAUAAAUCAGUGGAAUUUUCAGGAAGAUAAGGGUGAGCAGGGACAUAUGUGGACAUCCAUGACCGCCAGUGGCUGUGUCCAAAAGGAUUGUAUUAUUCCACUUUCGUCUCAGGCUGAGUGACUUGGAACUUUCUCUGGCUGGAUGGCUAUGUCCGAUGGAGACAUUUGAGCCAGGCCACAUCUCAGGACCCAGGGAACAGGCUGUCUCCAAUUGAAGCUGGACUGAGGCUUAGUUCUUUGUUGUCUAGGUGUGGAACAACUCACCUAGUCACAUGGCCGCGGGCACCUCUGAGACAGAAAGGCUGAAAUUGACCUUCAGCUUCUGAGUGCUCACCAUGGUUUUGAGGGGCUGCCCUUGCUAAAGCCAGAGCCCCAUUUUAACACUUCCCAAUGAUGCACCAUCUCCAGGAGCUGGAAGCUCAAAAUUAUUAGUAGACUAAGAGAAAAUGAGCAAUAAACUGUAUUUAUGAAAGCAACAUACAUGAGAAAAUUAUAUUCAAAUAAAGUAAAACAAAUAAAUAAAA